CAGUCGGGACCAAUAGACAGCCGAGGCUAUGUGGCUAGUAGUGUAGCCACGCCUUUGAUUCACGUCAUGUAACAGCAACACACUCAAGGUUAUGGUUAUGUAGUUUAUGCUAGAAGGAGAAUGGGCUCAUAUCUGACAAGUAUCUGCUGGCCAGUCACCCUCUGACAGGAUGCAUAUCGCUGAUUUUGUGUCUGGAUCAUUUGCAGGGGCAUGUGGAGUUGCAGUGGGCUACCCUCUGGACACUGUGAAGGUCCGGAUCCAAACCCAGAGACAGUUCACUGGGGUAUCGCAGUGUAUAGCGGCAACAUUUUCAAAAGAAGGGGUUCAUGGCUUCUUCAAAGGCAUGUCCUUACCCAUCACCACGAUCUCAAUGACGUCCUCGGUGGUGUUUGGCACAUACAGGAACUGCCUGCAGUGUCUGAGCCAGGCGCGAGGAGCUGCAGGUGGUCCCAACACCAAACUAGAAGUCUUCCUGUCUGGCUUGGCGGGAGGUAUAGCUCAGACGUCGGUGAUGUCUCCAGGUGACAUAGUGAAAGUACGUCUGCAGUGUCAGACUGAGUCCAAGCGACGAGGAACAAACAUGCCCAAACCCAAGUACAGUGGUCCAGUUCACUGCCUGCUGAGCAUUAUCAAAGACGAGGGGUUCAUGGGGCUCUACAGAGGAGCGCUCCCGUUGAUGCUGAGAGACGGGCCGUCAUUCGCAAUAUACUUCCUGUCAUACGCAACCUUCUGUGAAUGGCUGACGGACAGCGGAAAGAAAGGACCAAAUUGGAGUGGUGUGAUGCUAUCCGGUGGAUUAGCAGGAAUGGUAGCUUGGAGUUGCGGAACGCCCAUGGAUGUGAUCAAAGCCCGUCUGCAGAUGGACGGAGCGCGGGAGACGAAGCGAUACAAGGGUUUCUUUCACUGCAUCAGUGAGACAGUGAGGGUGGAGGGAGCGGGGGUCUUCUUUAGGAGCUUAGGCAUCAACUGCAUACGGGCAUUCCCCGUCAACAUGGUUGUGUUUGUUAUAUAUGAAGUUCUCACUGGUUUUCUAAAAGGAACCGGACCCGACAGUGUUGACCCUCCUCGUUUACGGUUCGGAUAGUAUUAUCUGACUACAUUCAUAAUGCCUCAUAUGCCCUUUUCAACCCAAACCCUCCAAAAAUAGGAGAUACAUGAGUAUGUCUUUCUGAAGUGUCGAGCCUGAUUUCCACCGGGCUGCGCUGCGUUUAACAUAAUCUGGUAUUUAAUUUAAUUUUAGCUAGUAAGUGGGUUUUAGUGGGUGAUCUGUCCAGUGAAAAGGGACUAUAUCAUGUUUGAGUUUUUCUGUUUACAUUUAAGGCUAUUUCUACAUUUGAUAUGCAUAACAGGACAAGACAUUUAGCAAGAAAAUGUGUUGCAUUGCAGUAUUUUAAUGGAAUAAUUGUUUCGACAGCUGCCGUUUGAGCCUUCAGUAACAUAUAUAACUAUUAGUUAGGAUGGGUAAUGUAUCCUAAUAUUCUCAGGGGGUAAUUUGUCACUAAUACACACUGUUGGUGUCAUAGAUUGAACCAGCAAACCUCUGACCACUAGAUGGCCUCCCUGACCAAGUUGUUACCUUUUUUUUGCUGCAUGACUUUUGCAGCGCACUGAGCAACCUCAUCAGUUUUAGACUGCUAAAACAUAAGCUAAGUUCGACUGUUUUCAAGAGCAUUCAAGGCCUUGAAUUUAGAAUUAAUGAAUGAGCUGCAGCACGCACAAUUAACCCGUCCAGUCUCUCGCUGCAUGUUUGCAUAUUAUAUCAUCUAUGAUUUAUUUCCAGCUCAGUAGCAAAAUGACUGGACAAUCUAAAUAAAACACAAGAAGUUGGAGCACAUCGGUAAAAUAUUAAGGUCAAAAUACAUAUUUUUAAGGGAGGUUUGGUCUCACACAAUCUUGGGACACAAUCAGGGUUUCUCUACCAGAGGAAAAAUGAAAAUGUGAAUAAUAUUUUGUGUAACUUGUUUGUAUGAUUAUCAAGAAAAAUACUUAUCAUGGCCUCCAUAGACCUAAACUUACAAAAUAAUGCUUGGAAAAUUAUAUAAUGUGUGGUGCCAAGAAAUAGUAAGUGAAAAAACUCUGAUUUUGCUGCAUUUUUGCUAAAUUUAGUCAGAAAAUGUUGUUUUAUGGGGAAAAAAAUUGGGUUUAGUUACUGGUAAAUCUAAUUUUACAGCAUUGACCUCAACCAAAUGUGUCCUGCAUGUGAUGAUCACAUUUCCACAUUGGCCAGGAGGAUUUUUUGAACUUUUCCCAAUAUAUAAUAGUUUGAUUUUAUUAAUAUUUUGGGAAUGUCUAUGAUGAAUGGAUCUCUUCAGUUCAUGCCACAGAAUCUCAAUGGAUUUAGGUCAGGAGUGAUCUUAAGCAACUACUAAGAAACAUUACUUUCUUAUGCCUGGAACAUUUUAUUGAUUUAUUUGUGACUGUGUUUUCUGUGCUCCCAAACUCUAUUAAACAUCAGUUGACUAACCCUAAAACUA